GCGCCUGCGUUUCAGGCCCGGCCCAGCCCUGCCCUGUGGAGCUGAGGCGAAACUUGCUUCUGCCGAGGUGGGCUCGGCGUCGUCGUCGAUGCCGCUUCCUGCCGGUGCCCUUCGUGCAGCGACGGGGCCCGGUUUCGCACGGGCAGUCGCCGUGUUUUCUUUCACUGUUGCGCUGUCCACCCAGCCUGUCCGGUGCGUUCACCAGCACCGUCCUCCCCUCAGUAACUUCUCUGCAAACUGUUGGUCCCACCUUCAUCCUGUUAACAUGUUCAACAGUUACAAUGUUAAGUUCUACCACAGCAAAGCUCUCACCUCCCCCUAUCCAGGAUCACAUGUUGAGCGUAGUCAAGUGCCUGAAGAUAAAGUGGGCUGGCUAAUUGAGUGGAAAGAUUAUAAUCCUGUGGAAUACACUGCAAUGUCUGUUUUGGCUGGACCCAGUUGGGCGGAUCCCCAAAUCAAUGAUAAAGGUUUUUCUCCCAAAUUCAAUGAGAGAGAUGGAGAAGUGGAGAGGAGGAGUCUGAAUGGCUUGUAUGUGGUUGAAAAUGGGAGGCCCCGAAAUCCGGUGGGAAGGACUGGCCUCGCAGGCAGAGGACUGUUAGGGCGCUGGGGACCAAACCAUGCUGCUGAUCCUGUUGUAACUAGGUGGAAGAGGGACAGAAGUGGCAAUAAAAUUGCUCAUCCAGUUACUGGCAAAAACAUCUUACAGUUUGUAGCUAUCAAGAGGAGAGACUGUGGGGAGUGGGCCAUUCCAGGGGGUAUGGUGGAUCCAGGGGAGAAGAUUAGCACUACCCUGAAGCGAGAAUUUGAGGAGGAGGCCUUGAACUCCUUGCAGAAAUCGCCUGAGGAGAAAGCAGAAUUGGAGAAACAGCUCCACAAGCUGUUCAGCCAGGAGCACUUUGUGGUGUACAGAGGAUAUGUGGAUGACCCUCGUAACACUGAUAAUGCCUGGAUGGAGACAGAGGCUGUGAACUAUCAUGAUGAAACUGGUGAGACAAUGGAUAAUUUGCCUCUGGAAGCAGGUGAUGAUGCUGGAAUAGUGAAGUGGGUUGACAUCAGUGAGAAGCUCAAGCUGUAUGCAAGUCAUAGCUACUUCAUUAAGCUUGUGACUGAGAAGCGGGGAGCCCACUGGAGUGAGGAUCCUGGUCCUGAGUGCUGUGAGUGAUGUAAAUGAGACACCAAGGGGAGAAUAUGUUUUCCAGCUUUGAAACAGAUGACAUUGUCCUUUUCAGUGGAAAUUCAGUGAAAAUUCCAUGAAAUUCAGCUGGCAAAAACACUUGGCAGUGAUAGAGACUUUUUCAGAGACUUCACAUUGCUUCUUUUGAUUUCUCAGCUAGUGUGAAGUGAGAUGAAUGUGGAGCUGUUACCUUGUUUUGGUUUCUUGUCUUCAUUAUUUGCAGCUGUUUCAUAAUAUCUGCAGACUUGCAUGACAGCACUGAAAUUCUGCCUGGUUGUAGUUCAGAGGCUGUUCACCUCAGCUCUGUAUUUUUGCACUGAUUUCUCGUCAGGAGUAUGAAUCCUUAAGGGAAGUGAGUCUUGUAGGAUGAUAGCCUGAAUAAUGACUUAAUUUAAGUGCUACAAAAUAAAGUGAAGUUUCUUUUCA